AAACAUUUCCGGUUAUUUGAUAUCUUGGUAGCUUGGUGACAAAUUUGAUAAUCAUUAUAAUGUCUAAGAUGUGUAUACAAAUACAAAGUGAACAUUCAUAAAAUCAGAAGUUUACCAGAUGAUCAUGGGAGAUGAUGGAUCUGACGAACAUUUGAAAAUAUUUAAAUGCUUAGUUGAUACAGGAGCAGAUGUUUUGCGCAGCGCUCUUGAGCGUAAAGUGCUUAAUAAUAACGUCAUCACAUUUGAACAGUAUUUGGAUAAUGUUAAACAUCAGUUCUACCACCAGUGUGAGAAAAAUAGAAAUAAGCCAUGUUGUUCACAAAGCCCACACGUCAACUGUAAUGUAAACGGAUAUAUGGACAAGAAAAUAUUUAACAAAGUGUACAACAAAAAGACUGAAGUAGAUACACAUCAAUGUUUGGACAGAUUUGAAGUCAAAGCUGGUAUUUCAACUGAUGAACUAGAUUUAAGUGAUCUCAAUUUCUUUUUGUGGAACAGCAAUACGUUAUCGCUGCAAGAAAAGCAAUCUAUCCAAACCAUAAUGACCAUCAGAAGUGACAUUUGUCACCCGGAAUCAACACAUUGUUACUCAAUUACUGAACUAGAAAAUAUUUGGCUUUCUUUAGAGGAUGAUAUUUUGUUGUUUGCCGAGCCUUAUCGAUACAAGAAAAUGGUUACAUUACAAAUAGUGACACUAAAAAAAUACAAAGUAAGCGAGAUAGAAUCAAAAAGAAUUAUCAACGAAAUGCACAUCGAAUUGGAAAAAAUACUUCGUGAAUUGAAGCUGGAAGUUCAUACUAGAAAUGAUGGUACAAAACAACUUGUGAAGAAAGAAACUGUGGGACUCAAAAACUGCAUCAAAGAUACAUAUAACAAGACAAAAUCAUUCAUAAAUAACAAUGUUCAGAGAUUGACAGAAAAUAACCAAGGACUGACGACAAGAUGCAUAGAGGAAAUAAACACUACAGUGACACAAGAGAGUAGCAAUACAAGGCUUCACAGCGAAGACCAACGCCGUGCAAUUGAUUCAAAGCUGACAGAGUGUGAACAUAGAGUUUGUCAAACGGUGAUUCGGUCCAGAGGACACUUGGAGGACAAAAUAAUCGAACAGCAAAAUGAAAUAAGGAAGCAUACUGUGGAAAUCAACGCAGAUCUAAAAGAAGAGAAUAGAAAACUGACAGUUGAAGUUAUGGAUAUGAAGACAGAUAUAAAAGAACUGAAGACAAUUUUGAUAGGUUACGUCGGUAAACAAAAAGUGGAUUUGGUUAUGAACACGGAGCAAAUAGAAAAGUCUACUACAAAAUCGCCAGAUAAUGGAAAAGUCGAUAUCACUGUUAAAGUUAAUCAAACACAUGUGACUGAAGACAAAGAAAACGAAAUCAUUGAAAAUCUUCCUUUAGAAAUAGAAAUUCUAACUAACAACGACAGCUCACCAGAAGCAGCAGUGACAGAAACAAUCGAAAUUACUGGGAAAAAAGUCAACAGCAUAAUUUUAGAAUUGAAAGCCACACCUGGAAUUUUACAUAGUGUAGAAACUUUUAAAGCAGCCAUGCUUACAUUAGUUCAAAAUAUACAAACAGCGGGUGAGAUUGACGUAGAUAUUGAAGACACAAUUACUGUUAAUGUGAGAUUUGGAGGUCCUCUGACAGAAGAUCAGCUUGCAGUUGUAAAAUGUUUAUUUGCAAAAAAAUGGAAUGAUGACAAUAAUACAAAACAACUGUCCACUGAGUAUUCAUCUAUAUCCGAUGAGUAUUCAUCUACGUCCGAUGAAUAUUUAUCUAUAGAAGAUAUCAAUGAGAUGGAGUUCCGACCGGAACUGGAUAUGUACUCACAAACAGAAACAUCGGAAGUUUUCGAGCCGGAAACCACAGAUUCUCUAACUAAAACAUCAUGUCAGUUUUGUGACGAUAAAGACAAGAUAAUCAAGGCUCUAGAAGAACAGAACGAAAAACACGAAAUAGUUAACAAGACAAAUAUGCUUAAGCUACAGGCGGAGAAUAGAAACCUGAGAGCUUUAUUGCGACGAACCCGACCAGACGACACCGGUAUGAUCAGUGUUAUAGAAAAAAUAGGAACGAAACAAAAAGAAUUAAAGAGCGACGACUUGAGUAGUUUAGAAUCAGAACAAACAUAUGAUUCAAGUUCCAAAAAGACUUUGUACGAAUGUAGAAAUUGUUGUGAAAAGAAUGAAAUUAUAAUCCAGUUGGACCGAAGGUUAUGUGAAAUAAGACGACGAAUUAUUGAAGCCAAAGGACCAUUUGUAUACAGAAACAAUGUUUUUGAAGAUUUACUGGAACUUACCCAUGAAAACACCGGUAUGAUCAGUGACGAAGAAAAGGGAAAAAUGAAAAAAAAAGAAAUACAAAGUGACAUUAGCAGUCAAAAAUCAGAACUCAUAUAUGAUUCCGACGUGCAAAAACUAGAGGCAAAGACACAACUUAAAUCUAUGGAAUUACAGCCUAGAAAAUUUGAAGGUGCUAGAUUAGAUCGGCCACAGGACAAGAGCGAUUUUAGGUGUAGAAUAUCAGAACUUAGACGUGAAUAUGCUGGAAAUUCAUAUACAAAAACAGAAGGACAAAAGGGACUCGCAAUCAUUUUGUACAGAGAUCGAGGUUAUAUUUCACAUUUAACAGGAAUGUUGUCGAGGAUUAUGAGAGAUCCUGAUGUAUCUCAUUUAAAAGGUUUCUUUGAAGAAAUGGGAUUUGUUGUUAAAUGCUUUGAAGGAAGGUACAAUGCAAAUUUGUACGACGCAGAAAUGUUUGAUGGAAAUUGGUAUUGUGUAUUCCUGGCAUCAUUACGUUAUGUGGAUUUCAACGAAACUUUUCUCAUCCGACUCUUAUUAGGCCCACACAUACAAGGUAAACCAAUAAUUGUUAUGACUAAUUCUACCACAAGGUCUGACGAGAUUAAAAAAAUAAUCGAGGAACCCAACACAUUGAUGGUGUCGCCGUUUGAAUGUUCUAUAGAGUACAACAUACUAGAGGAUUUUAUUAAAGUUACACGGUGCAACCGAUUUGCAGAUAUAAUGGAUAUUUUGACAAGGAUGAAUGCACAGUAUAAUCGUCCAGCAAUAACAUUCCAGUCGACAUUACGGAAGAAAUUCUGCUUUUUAUAAUCCGACACCAACCAUCACGUACAGCAACUUAUACACAUAUUUGGUAGCAGUUUAAUUGAAUGAACGUUAUUGAAUAAAUGUGUAUCAACCAUUGAGUACUUGGACUACAUCAUGCAUAGAUUUUGGUUAAGUACUGUAUUGUUCAUCUGUGCUUUAACAUAUGUUUACGAGUACAUAUAUAUGUUUUCCGCAACUAUUUUUUUAUGAUAAAAAGUAAAAUAACAAUAAUACCGAACUUCGAGGAAAAUUCAAAACGGAAAGUCCCUAAUUAAAUGGCAAAAUCAAAAGCACAAACAAAUCAAACGAAUGGAUAACAACUGUCCUAUUCCUUGACAUGGUACAGGUAAAUGAUAAAUGAAGUUCACUCAUUCAUGAAAAGCAUUUUACCGUGACUUUGUUAAAUAGGCCUAUCAUGCAAUGCAUACGAUUAUUUAGAUACGUUAGUGGAAUAAAACACGAUGAUGAUCAUCCAUAAAAACAGCAAACCGAAGACAAAUGAAACCGAACGUCAUGUUGAGAUGGCUAUACGGUUCUCGAUAAUAAGCACGAGUUCACAAAAUGUGUCAUGAUAUAAACCAUUCAAACCUAUGAAAAUAUUCAAAAGGUUAAGAUCUAGUUGUAAAUUUGUAUUUGAAAUAACUCAAUAGCAUAAUUCAACAAAAUGGCCAUAUCAGCUGUAAGUAUCAACUAAAAGAUCCGUGACACAUUUGGAAUGUUUUCAUCCAUGUAUUAUCAAAAAACUAUGGCAUUCGUUCUUCAUAGACAUAACAAUUGAAAAAUAUGGCAAAAGUUUCACUCGGUAAUGCAUUCUGUCAAUUACAGAUGCACUCAAUAAAAUAUCAGGCUGUUUCUAAUAUUAUGACGUAAUUAAAAAUUAAAUGAAAGUAAAAAGGGUAUUAUAAAACUAGAUUAUUUAUAAAGGGAAGCUUGUCUUGAGACUCUUCUCUACAUUUACAUAGAAUCUAUAAUUUUUUUUUAUCAAUUUUUUUUCUUCAUAUUUUUCAUUAUUGAAUGCUUAUAAAUAAAGAUUUGCAUUUA